AGCAGCAGCAGCAGCAUGUCUGUGUUUAUGGACCUAAACUUGUUAUUUUGUGCUGACAGGAAGCGUCUGCAGAGCCUGGUGGAAACAGCCGCUAACCUUGGAUUCUCCACCGUCGCCAUCAACUAUGUGUUUGAACCCAAAGCCAAGAAGAAACAGGAAGUCCCCUCCCCGGUACCAAUCAGUGAGCUGAUAGGUCAGCUGCCCGUGGUGCAGGGUCGCUCUCGUCCAAUCAGAGUGCUGAACAGGCUGACGGUGGUGAUGUCAGAGGCUAAUCACUUUAGGCCCAACGCCACAGAGUAUCGGCCCUUUGACCUCCUGGCCGUCCAGCCCACCACAGAGAAACUCUUCCAUGCGGCCUGCUUGCUGUGUGACGUUGACAUCGUCUGCAUCUCUGUGAUGGAGAAACUUCCCUUCAUCUUCAAACGAGCGCCGGUCAACGGGGCCAUUGACAGAGGCGUGGUGUUUGAGGUGUCCUACGCCGCGGCCAUCAGAGACUCCACCAUGAGGCGCUACACCAUAGCCAACGCCGUCAGCCUGAUGGAGAGCUGCAAAGGAAAGAACGUCAUCAUCUCCAGCGCAGCUGAGAAGGCUUUGGAAAUCAGAGGACCUUAUGACAUCACCAACCUAGGGUUGCUGUUCGGCCUGUCAUUGGCUGAUUCUAAGGAGGCCGUCUCUUCCACAUGCAGAGCCGUUUUACUCCACGCAGAAACCAGGAAGACGGCCAGUGGCAUCAUUUACACCAUGAAGAAGCAGCAGCAGCAGGAGGAGGAGCAGGACGCUGCAGGCUGUAGGUUAUCAGUCAUGUCUGAUCUGCCGAACCUCAGAUGUUCCUUUAGCUCAGCGGUCGGCAAC